AUUUUAUUACUUUCUAUAAUUUCUCAUAGGGAAUAUUAAUGAUAAUUUUAGAAAUGUUUUGUGAACGUCUUCAUUAAUUUUAAGGAUGAUACUCAAUACUUAAGAUUGGAUAGUUCCCGUAAAAAAAAAAAAAGAUUGGAUAGUCAACGCCGAAACCUAUUAACAGCGGUAUGAGCCGUAUAACUGUAAUAGCGGGAAGUAACUGAAGCAAGCGAGUCUACCCGCCGGACAACACAAUGCUACUGAGACACACUACCAGAGCCAUGACCCCUUUCUCUCUCCUCCCUUCCCUCUCUUUCUCUCUCCUCUUUUCCCCAAAACCUUCCUUCUUAAUCCCUAAACCCUCCUUAAACCCUAAUUUUCCCAAAUUCACUCUAAAUUCUCGACCAUUUUCUCUCUCCUCUGCAACAAUUUCCCCAAUUUCUUCCCCCAAUUCUCAAACCCUAGAUUUCAAUGUCGAACCUUACUUGUCUUGUUCGAUGCCUGGUAAUCGCCUCAAAGUUGCUGUUCUUAUUAGUGGUGGUGUUGAUAGUAGCGUCGCUUUGAGACUUCUCCAUGCUGCUGGUCAUUCUUGCACUGCUUUCUAUCUCAAAAUUUGGUUUCAGGAGGACUUUGAAAAUUAUUGGUCUGAAUGCCCAUGGGAAGAUGAUUUGGGAUACGCUAAGGCUGUUUGCAAUCAGGUUGAUGUUCCAUUGGAAGUUGUGCAUCUGACUGAUGAAUAUUGGGAAAAAGUGGUCUCUUACAUUAUUGAAGAGUAUCGAAAUGGGCGUACUCCUAAUCCUGAUGUGCUCUGUAAUACAAGAAUAAAAUUUGGUGCAUUUAUGGAUGCAAUUAGCAGUAUGGAUUUUGAUUAUGUAGCCUCAGGACAUUAUGCAAAUGUGAUUCAUCCGUCGAUUGAUGCGCUGGAUAAUCCUUCUGUUCUGGAGCUGUCAAGGGAUAUGGUCAAGGAUCAAACUUAUUUCUUGUCACACCUAGAUCAACGUCAGCUAAAACGCCUUAUUUUCCCUCUGGGAUGUAUAUCAAAGGACGAGGUCCGUAAACUUGCUAGCGAAUUUUCUCUACCCAACAAAGAUAGAAAGGAUUCUCAAGGGAUAUGCUUCCUUGGAAAAAUAAAAUUCAGUGACUUUGUUGCACGGCAUAUUGGUGAGAUGGAAGGUGUCAUGUUGGAAGCUGAAACAGGAGAUUUUCUUGGGAAUCACCGUGGAUUUUGGUUUUACACAAUUGGUCAACGCCAAGGCCUACGCCUUCCUGGGGGACCAUGGUAUGUUGUACAGAAGGACAUUAAAAAUAAUGUAGUAUUUGUCUCAAGAAACUAUUAUUCAGUUGACAAAAGAAGGCGUGUAUUUCGUGUUGGAUCUUUAAAAUGGCUUGGCGGCUUUCCCCCAGACAACAUAAAUGAGCUACAGUGCAAGGUUCGACAUGGUCCUAGCUUUUAUUCCUGCAGUUUGACAAUGGUAUCUGGUGAAAACUGCAAUGGAGAUGUAGCUGUUGUCCAUCUGUCAGAAGAUGAUCAAGGCUUGGCAGCUGGUCAGUUUGCUGCCUUCUACCAAGGAAAGACAUGCAUUGGCUCUGGCGUAAUACUCGAAUCCUGGGACGAGGAAGGUUUCCCAGUUUGUGAGAAGGCUCUUGAAAUCGCCAGAAUGGAAGACAAGUCAAAGCUUGGAAAACCUGUAAAAAUCAAAGUUAAACCAGAGGAACCUAAAUUGGGUACAGAUGAGAAUGUUGGAAGUAUCAAUUCAUCAAGCAUGAUUAGUAGACAAGUAGAAGAUGAACAAGGGGCAACUGAUAGCCUAUCGCCAAUUGGAUGCAACAGCUGAAGCAGAAAAUGUUGCAGUUGAAUGGGUGUUCUUGUUUGUUUUUACUGAGGCUGACGAGUUUCCAAUUUUGUAUAACUAGUUUCGAGACAAGGGAACAGGUUCAACAGGCAGGCAGUGUGCUGAAGUUGUACUUCACAGUUUACAUAAUAAAUGUGUAAUAUUCAUCUACUUGGUACGGAGUAGUAUGCAUCUUGUCUCAAGGAGUAUAUCAUAUUUUUGCUGAGACAGUUUGUAAA